CACGGCGAAGAGAGCGGAAGGCGACUCGGGCGGGCGCUGCGUGGCAGAGAGAAAGAGAGAGGGCGGCGAGGGGGGCCUCGCUCCGGAGAGCGGCCGGCGUCGCGGAGUGGGGAAGCCCCAAGUGCCGUUGCCUCGAGGGACUCGGUUCCAGUUGUCGGCGAGUGGCGACCGUGCCCCACCGUCUCUGUGUUGUGCGCCUUUCCCGCUGUGUUGUGCCACUCUGAAGAGAAGGAAAUCUCAGCAUCCUCAUUCUCUCGGAUUACUCUCAACACAGAUGGAAAUGGAAAUGCCGCAGGAAGAAAUGGCAUUUACGGAGUGGUCUGAGAAGCUGGAAGCUGGAACCAGCCACUGGCUCCCGGCUUACGGAUUCCAGCAGCCCACCCAGCUUCACGAGGCGUUGCUUCAACACGAAUACUUCAACAACGACGGAAUCGGCCAGUCGAACUACGUAUACCUGGAGACGAUUGUUGAAGAAACAUCGGACGACCUCAGAUCCGAAUCGGAUUAUUCUGAAGCCGGGGGAGGUUGGCCGGAUACCGAUUCAGACGCAGACAGCGUAAUCCAUGUGCCCAAUGCUUUAGGUAAGCAGAAUCUUAACUCCGUCGAGUGGAGCGGGUCGGAAAGAGAUUUGGCCGUUCCCAAGAAAAGGAGGAGACGGCUGUUCAACAACGACCCCGGCGUACAAGACGACGAAGAGGACGAAAGGGACGACCUCAUCCUCCCGCCGUUCACGUGCAGAUCGAGCAGUCUCCUACAGUUCGAAGCGCUGGAAAAACAGUGCGAUACCGUCUUCAGGGCUUCGGCUUCUUCUGAGCAGUUCGUCCAUUCGCCUUCUCUCACAUCAAGCUUCAGUUUUGAUUCGUUGGAAACUUCACGGUGGCGGUUUUCCGGUUCGCCCGACAGCUUAGACGAAGCUUCUAGCUUGAGUUCAUCAUGUUCGAGCAGCUCGGAGAUAACCAGCUCUGACGACGACAAUUUGACGAGAUCCUACUCUUCCAGGAGUGGAAACGAGAGUUACAAAUCUUCUUUGCGAUCCCACCGCAGUUAUGACAGUUUGAUCAUGUGCCAAGAGAAACAAGACAAUAAUUUCUUGAGCGGAGAAUUUUCACAAAGUCUGAACAAUAAUUCUAUACUUGUAGAAGAAGACGUGGAAGCUGUGACACCUCAAAGAGGGUUGUAUAAAACGGUAGAGUGCCUUACUGAACCGACCUUAAACGAUAACGUAAUGGAAAAACCGGAACCACCGAAAGAGAAGAAAACCGCGAGGGGUCAGAGAUCGGCGGAAAACCUCAGCGAGGACUCUGGCUUCGGCGAACACAUCUUGCGACGGGCGUCUAGCUCGGGGGUUUUCACAAUCGCGGAAAUUGACGACGACGACGACAGCUCCAGCUACAGCUCCGACCGCGUUAGUGAGGUAAAAAUACACGGGGAUGAAGCUCAGGAUGGCGGUGGGUGGAGUGACGUCGGGCCUAACUUUAGCGGCUGGCAGAGCGCCCCAGAUUUAUCCGAAGGGACUCAGUCUCAGUGCGAUCAUCGGGAUAACAAGAACGAGUUGAAUUUGAAGAAUUGCGUUCUCGCCGAUACCAGACCUAUAACAUCGACGACAUCUCUCCUGACUUUCGCUAUUAGGGAUGAAGACGAAUUUCUAGUUAUCCCGGAAAACAAGGAUUUGGCCAAGAUGAAUUCGAAACAUCCAGUCGUGAGUACCCCCAACCUCUACACGGAGGAAUUCGUGAUUCUCGACGAUAACGAGGUUGAGCUCACGUUUCCCGGACACAAAGCCACUGCCCUCAGUAGGGCGCAGAGUUUCAAAGAAGGUUUCAGGCAGGAAAACAAGAGAAACUUGAGGAAAACGAAAUCGAAAGGGAGUAAUAUACAAAUUACAACCAGCUUCGUCAAUUUAACGGCCACGCCUCAAAGCGGAAGCAGGAGGAGCGUCAAUUGCCUAUAUUCGACCAGCUUCGUCAAUCUGACCGGCGCCCACAACGGCAGCAGCAAGGGUGUCCAUUUCAGUCCGGUCGUAUCAGAAGUGCAAUGGAAAGAAUCCGAACCAUGCGAGUGGGCCGACGAGGUAGAUUUAGACGCACGAAAAGAAAGGCCCCAGGAAGUGAAAGAGAAUUCACAGCCGUUGAGGCCGGUCAGAGGAGGGGAUAGAGGUCUUCCACCACUACCUCCAUCUCCUCCAUCAAGAGCUCAACAGCAACAAAAUCCAGUAGUGUCCCGUGCCUCUAUGGAGAACCGUCCGCCAAAAAACAAGUCGGGGAUUGGUGGUUUCUUUCAGCGGUUCUCGUUCCGCCGUCUCAGCGGUAGGGAGAAAAAACGAAAGGACUUGAAGAAAGAGACUGCCGCCAGGCUCCAGCCGCCGCCGCCCCCGUCUCCCGCGUCGCCAGCCGAGGAUCGGCGCGAAGACGUACGGAUAAUCCCGCUGCACCCGCCUCCGGAGGAAGAAGAGACGACCAAGCCCCCACUGCCGCCCCUUCCUUCCCCCAGGAACGAGCGCAAGCGCGAGGAGCCGGUUCGAAUCGGAGGCGGCAGUGUCAUGUCGAGCGGGCCGAAGACAGGGCUUCUCGAAACUGACCUCGACUCGGACACAGGAUGUAACAAAAAGGCGAGGUCUCUCCUAAACCUGGGCGACGGGAGGACCCAUCUGGUCCCAUGCCCCCAACCGGACCAGCCCGUCGACCACCGGGCCAAAUCCAUGGAGUUCCUCCUCGACAAAGAGAACCAAUUCGCAAUCAAGCCUCCCGAAAACGAGCUGCAGAAGGUGGGCGAGAGGGUGAUGUCAGAACACGAAUUGCGGGUGCAGAGGUCUUUGCAGAAACUGAACAUCCCUGAUUGGUAUAAGAAUAGCCAAGUGCCGAGCCAAGGCUUCCUCCUAAAAAGGCAUAGUGAGGGUGGAGGUGGUGCAGGAUGGCAGGGUCUUUCUUCAAAGACUACAUCCCUUUCGAGCCUUGGAUCGAUGCAGGCUGCAACACCGAGAAGUCCAACCGGUAACCUUCUUAGCCCCAGUCCCACUCCAAGCACUCAUACGUUUUCUCGAUGGAGUACAAACAGGCUGAACUCAAAUCCGACUUCAGCAAGCACAUCACCGUGCGGCUCUGCGAGGUCUUCUUUCAACUACCGCCAGCCAUACCUUGGCUGGAGAUCCCAGGAAAGGCUAACCAAUCCGAGGACGCCUGCAGAAAGGCUUGCAGCAGGAAUCUUGUCCCAACAAAAACAACAACAGAAUGUGCCAAAUUUAAGUGAAGUUCACACUUCCAUAAAAGAGGUCACAUCAGCUAUUAACAACUAUAUUCAUGGGAAUAGAGUCGAUGAUAGGCUUUCACCAGCCAUGCACCGAACAGACAAUGUAUCAUCCAGAUCUGCAUCACCAAGAGGGAGUACUGGCAGGUUAUGCUGGCUAGAGAGUUCAUUUGUUGGUAACAAACCGAUCGACGUCCCUGAGACGCCUGUCUCUCUUACUGCAACCCCUGAUCACACCUCAGGUGGCAGUGACCUCUUCCUCGACCUUUCGACACAUAGGCACAAGAUGACUGCUGUAAACGGGAUGGAGUACCAGAUUCCGGGAGUGUCGAUCUCCAGCGUGGCUGAGGCCAAGCUGAGAAACAAGCCAAGUCCAGGGUCAACAACAAUGGAAGAUGUUUUGGAUUCAUUGCUAGGCCUUGCUCCAGCAUCACGGAGCCCUAGCCCGAGUGUGGCACACAGGUCUUGUAGUGACCUCACCAACCACCUCGCAGGGUCAGCUAGCAGCGAACCAGAUCAAAUACUAUUCACCGCUGAUGUGAGAAGGCACAGUGAAGGGUGUGAUCCAGUAGGCCAGCCUUUGUCUCACUGCAGUAGAAGAGUGUCUUUCGACAUGGCAAUCACUGAAGGGGAAAUAGUUCGAUGCAGAUAUAAUAAGUGUGGCAAGGCCACUCCUUUGGCCGAAGCAAAAAGGACUUACAAAACUUGUCAUAAUUGCACGCAUGUAUAUUGCUCGAGAGAAUGCAGAAGAGCACAUUGGGAAAAACACCGAAAGACUUGUCUUCAUUCUCGUGUCGGAGCCCUUUGUAGAAAAGUUAUGUCAAAUAUUAAAGAAGAUGAUGAGACUUUACAGCACAUUUCGGUAAUAGCAAGGCGUGGUUACUUGGCAAAAGGGCGAGGAGCUGUAAAAGUAAUGUUUUCAAAACCGAGAAAGGCAGAGGACUUCAUCGGUGAAGGGUAUAACAGGUUGGGGGAGCCGACUUACAUUAAGUGGCCUGACCUGCAGCCAGAUGAGACCGGCAAAGAAAUGCACGACGAACUGAUCCGUCUCUGUAAAAGUUAUAAUCCUGAUACACGUUUUGUACUUUAUGUCGCGGUGUGUGUGGUGAGUGAGGUUCCUUCUUCGAGUGCAGCUGUGAAAUGGGAGAUGCAAUUGGUGUCAAGGUGUGCAAAGUUAAAAUUAUGCGCCAGUCUUGGACAGAUGAAUGUUGCUGACAUUUCAAAAGACGGGAAAGAGCCUGAUACUCUCAUUUUGACAUCUCUUCCAGGUGCGAGAGACCAAGGUUCAAGGAAAGCACGCCAAAUUAGCUUUACUAACAUUCAAAGACAUUUACGUCAAAGGGGAAUUAGUUUAAGGCGACAGUUUCCAGAAGUGUAUCAAAGGUUGUGUGCUUAUGUUGAAGGAGCGACUGAGCGUUUUGUCCCGGUGACGAUUUAUCCACGAGAUGCUAUUUCGGGAAAAAACUUUAUGUGUAUCAUCAUGCCAGAUGCUGAUCCUGAAAAAUUAGAAUUGAUUCCCACAGACAGUGCUCACGUACAAACAAUAGAUAUCAGUACAGAUCCAGACUCAUCAGUGAAUACAAAUGAUUAGCACAAACACCAAAAAUAAUUGCCAAUUCUAGAUGUGAUCCUAGUUGUAUUAAAAGAAAGGAAAAAAACAGAUGGUCAGAAAUUUUCAAGCACUUGAUUCUAGACUUUUAUAUUCUAGUAAAUUCAUAAAUUUAGAUUAUCUCAAUUUCUAGCCAUUUAAUAGCAUGUUCUGUACUUUUCUCAAAUCAUUUAUAAAUUUAUAUAUGCAUAAUAAUCUUUUUACUUUAUACCAAUAC